CCACGGAGAAGGAGUGCUUUUCACGUACGCGGCUUCUUCUCGAGCAGAAAUGCCUCAUCGAUGUGCUGCUGUAGGCUGUACGAACUCUAGCAAGAAAGCACCGAAGAAACGUUUCUUCAGAUUCCCUGCGGGCAAUCUUCACGCAGCAAAAAGGAAGAAAUGGGUGCAAGCGAUGCGACGUGUAAACGAAGACGGAUCUCCAUGGGAGCCGACAGCCAACUCACGCGUAUGCAGCGACCACUUCGUCACAGGGGCGCCGUCGCGCGUUAUUCACCAUCCGGAUUAUGUGCCGUCGGUCUUUAAACACAAGUGUUCGACCAGCACUGGAGCACUGGAACGCUUUGAAAGAUUAAGAAAGAGGCAAGGUCAUGCCAAGGCUCAGCGGACAAGCCAUGUUUCAAGCACCAAAGCACCUGGCGUACAACACUCGCAGCAUGCUGAUGCAGUGACUGUGGGCAGGGAAGAGGUGCCGGCAGGACCAGAAAGUGAAGUGGCCUCCUCCAGCGGCUUGCCCAGAGAUGACGGAGCUCAGGAUGCUACCAUCUUGGAUAACGGCUGCCAGACCAAUAAUCACCUGCUAGAACGAAUACAGCAGCUUGAGGGUUUCCUAAAGGAUGAAAGGCAGAAGAGCUCUGACCUGGAGUCAAACCUCACAAGAAGCACGGCGAAUGCGGAGUACUGGAAGAUGCGCUUCCGUGAAUUGAAAUCUGCAAGGCCGUGCCUGGAGAAUAUGAAAUGUACUGAAGACAUGCUGUAUUACACAGGCAUCCCCUCUCAAGCGGUUUUCAAGCACAUUCUGGGCUUAGUGUUGAAACAAAGUCCACGGCUUUUAAGAAGUGAGGAGAGAGGGGCACACAGUGUCGAGGACCAGAUGUUCAUGGUUCUGGUGCGCUUGCGCACAGGAAUGCAGAUGAAGGAGAUCUCACGGAACUUUUCGAUUUCCAUGGCCACCUUUAGCCGUAUCUUCUCGAAGUGGGUCCUGGCACUGAGAAAGCACUUCACACAAAGCACUUCACACAAAGUGCACUUCAGCCUUGCUGAAGUCCAACAACAUCUCCCGCCUCAUUUCAGGAAGUAUCCAAACACUCGUAUUAUCAUUGAUGGUACAGAAGUUCGUAUCCAGAAGCCUUCCGGCCUUAAUGCCCAAAAACAGACAUUUUCGAACUACAAGUACACAAAUACAAUGAAGUGUCUUGUAGGAGCAACCCCAGAUUGUUACGUAAGCUUUGUCUCCGCACUAUACGGCGGAGGUACGAGUGACAGGGCCAUUGUGCAGCAGUCAGCAUUACUUGAUCUCCUGGAGCCUGGCGAUGCAGUUAUGGCCGAUAAGGGGUUUAAAAUUGAUGACCUGCUUCCCCCAGGUGUUACCCUCCAUAUGCUCCCAUUUCGCAUUGCUGGUGAGGCUCAAAUGAGUGCUAAAGAUGUCGAAGCAACCAAACAUGUUGCGAGUGCGAGAGUGCACAUUGAGAGAGUGAUUAGAAGAAUUAAAGAGUUCCACAUCCUAGAUAGACCUUUCCCCAUUAACAUGCUUGACCUGGCAGAUGCAGUGUUUACAACAUGUGCUCUUCUGUCGAACUUCAGGCUACCACUUAUAAGUAACAGACAGGACACAGAGCAGGCAGAUUCAGACUAG